AUGGGAAGAUACAUUUUAUUUGGUACCUCAAGUGUUGUGACUGGAGAAACAAAAAGUUUUUUUAGUUUCGCUAAAUCUUGGUGGCAAGUCGACAAAAUAAGUCCUCUGAAAUUGUAUGAUGAUAAUAAGUUUCUGGCAGGAUUCCAACUUCGACAAUUACUCUUCCGUGAAAACCAACAUGAAUAUGUACGGCAAGUAAUGGACAAACUCUUCACAUUGUACACGGACGGGACCAUCAAGCCAGUAAUUGAUCAGGUGGCUUCUUUUGAAGAUAUUGCUGAAGCCAUGCAAAGACUCCAUGACCGCAAAAACAUUGGCAAAAUCAUCUUGGAUCCAACAAUUCAACCAAAAGUCCACAUCUCAAAUGCAUCAAUCCAGUGUCUUUCUCUCUUGGUCACUACCCAUGACUCUGAUCUCCUUUCCUUGACUGACCAUGUAGGGCUGCCUUGGAUGUUUGAUGGUGGGAAAACUGAAAGUGGAGCCCACAUACACAAAGUUCCCCCACCUCCUCUAUCUCCUUGCCAUUUAGCAGGAAGUCUGUGUUGCCCCUGUCAAUCGUCAUUACCUUGCCAUUUGAUAAUUAAUAUUUACUUUUUCUUCUUUUUCUUUUUUAUCUUUUUGCUUUUUUCUUGCUUUUCUCCUUUUGUCCUUCUUGCCUCUCUCCCUUUGUCCUUCUUGCCUCUCUCCCUUUGUCCUUCUUGCCUCUCUCCUUUUGACCUUCCUUUUAUUUACUCAUUCAUUAUUUCUUUAAUCUUUAAUUCUCUUUUUUUACCAACCAUUUCUUUCUUUUUUAUUCAAUUUCUUGCUUCUCUUUUGUCUUUCUUGAUUCUCUUUGUUCUUCUUGCCUCUCUCCUUUUGUUCUUCUUGCCUCUCUCCUUUUGUCCUUCUUGUCUCUCUCCUUUUGUCCUUCUUGUCUCUCUCCCUUUGUCCUUCUUGUCUCUUUCCCUUUGUCCUUCUUGCCUCUUUCCCUUUUGUCUUUCUUGCCUCUCUCCUAGUGUCUUUCUUGUCUCUCUCCCUUUGUCCUUCUUGUCUCUCUCCCUUUGUCCUUCUUGUCUCUCUCCCUUUGUCCUUCUUGUCUCUCUCCCUUUGUCCUUCUUGUCUCUCUCCCUUUGUCCUUCUUGUCUCUCUCCCUUUGCCCUUCUUGUCUCUCUCCCUUUGCCCUUCUUGUCUCUCUCCCUUUGCCCUUCUUGUCUCUCUCCCUUUGCCCUUCUUGCUUCUUUCCUUUUGUCUUUCUUGCCGCUCUCCUUUUGUCCUUCUGUUUAUUUUCUCAUUCAUUAUUUCUUUAAUCUUUCUCUUUUUUUCGUUUAA